UCCAGUUCAACCGUGGCCCGCCCCCUCCAGCUCCUCCUGGCUCCGCUCCUCUCUCGGUCCAGUCCAAGGCUCUUUCCCGCUGCAGUCGCAGCCUCUGGUGCUACUGCAGCCACCUCCACGCUCCGCGCCAUGCGCAACAUCGUGCUCUUCAGCGGCAGCUCGCACCAGGACCUGUCCCAGCGCGUGGCCGACUGGCUGGGCCUGGAGCUGGGCAAGGUGGUCACCAAGAAGUUCAGCAACCAAGAGACCAGCGUGGAGAUUGGGGAAAGUGUGCGCGGGGAAGAUGUCUAUAUCAUCCAGAGUGGCUGUGGAGAAAUCAACGACAACGUGAUGGAGCUCCUCAUCAUGAUCAACGCCUGCAAGAUUGCGUCGCCCUCCAGGGUGACUGCCGUCAUCCCGUGCUUCCCGUAUGCCCGCCAAGAUAAAAAGGACAAGAGUCGUGCUCCAAUUUCUGCAAAACUUGUGGCCAACAUGCUCUCGGUUUCUGGGGUGGAUCACGUCAUCACCAUGGACCUGCAUGCCUCUCAGAUCCAGGGGUUCUUUGAUAUUCCUGUGGAUAAUCUGUACGCGGAGCCUGCAGUCCUGCGGUGGAUACAGGAGAAUAUUGCUGAAUGGAAGAACUGUAUCAUUGUCUCACCUGACACUGGUGGUGGAGUCAAAAGGGUCACAUCCAUUGCAGACAGGUUGAAUGUGGAAUUUGCCUUGAUUCACAAAGAGAGAAAGAAGACAAAUGAAGGAGACUGUAUGUUUCUAGUGGGCAAUGUGAAGGACCACGUGGCCAUCCUUGUGGACGACAUGGCUGAUACGUGUGGCACAAUCUGCCAAGCUGCAGACAGGCUUCUCUCGGCCGGAGCCACCAAAGUUUAUGCUAUUCUUACCCAUGGGAUCUUCUCUGGGCCAGCUAUCUCCAGAAUAAACAGUACUUCUUUUGAAGCUGUUGUUGUCACAAACACAAUUCCACAAGAGGAGAAAAUGAAACACUGCUCCAAGAUUCAGGUCAUUGACAUUUCGAUGAUCCUGGCCGAGGCCAUCCGAAGGACACACAAUGGUGAAUCUGUGUCUUACCUGUUCACCCACUUCCCACUAUAAAUCCAGGACGUGUGGCACAAGCCCGCUCUGGCUACUGACUUGUGUGCAUUUAUCUGAUUUUUUAAUUUUAUGACUCAGCAAUUAUAGCAUAAUGCAAAGGCAGCAGAUCUUAGUAUACUCCAAGAGCCAUUGCUUCCCCCUUCUAAAGCUCAAGACUGUUUAUUUCCAGUUUGGGGGUGGUAUUUGAUCUUUAAGUGAACUGCCUUAAAUGAGAAAUGUUCUUGUCAUCUUGACUUGUUCUAAUAGGUGACUUUUUUCUUUCUUUUGUCAGUACUUUGAAGCCACGGCUUUCAAGUACAUCAUUCCAUUGUGAAAGUUCAUAGUUUAUAUAUUUCGGGGUUGCCAAGGGUGACUUCAGAUUAAAGCCUUCUGUGUAAAUAUAUAAUGAUCAUGCCUAUGCACAUUUGGGUAAAACCCUACACAAAAUUAGCCUUUUACCUCUGAGUGAACCUUAAAAAACUUAUAAUACCCUGAAUUUUGAAUACAUUUUUAGUAACCAGGUUAUUGUGCUUAAUUUGGACCAAAUUUUAUGUAGCUUAAGAUGGCCACUGACACUUUUUUUUGUGAAUAUUAGACAUAUCAGAGGCAAUGUAAUUCAGUGUGUUUUUUUAAUUACCACUUCUGAAAAUCAUGUUAUAACUAUCACUUACCUGAACUGUCAUGUUCUAGAAUUCCAAAAUUAUGUUCAAUGAUAGAUCUGAUUUUAGAAAUUGUUUGGAGGUAGUCUCCAAGCUCACUGUCACAGUCAUGCUUUCCUCUGUCCAUCCCAUAUGGACAGUUCUUUGAGCUACACCUCACAUCCUGCCAUCUUAGAUGUUCUCUUAUGUCCUGUUUUUAGCUCUAGCUUUUACUUUAUCUGUUUCCCAGGAAUUUCACCUUACAGAUUUCCACCAAAACAGACUCUUCUAAAUCCCCUCAAAUUUAUUAGCCUGGUCAUUCAUUUGCUCCCGACAUAAUGAAAGAGUGAAUUUUUGUGAGUGCCAUCAAAUGCACAUUUAAACGUUAUUUCCUUAGUUUUGAUUUAAUGUUCCUUUGCCUUUUGUAAUCAGAAAUGGCAAGUCUCCUAGGCAACUGAUUAUUUUAACUAAAGCUGUUACAUGAAAAACAUGGGUAAGAAAUGUCCACGAAAAAGUACAAAUAAAUAAGCAUCAGUUGCAUCAUUAAGAUGAUGUUCAAAUGGUGGCUCAAGAGUCCUCAUGGAGGAAGAUUGAUCCACAAGAUGCCCCCUGACAAUGCCCUCCUGAGUGAGCUACCUCCUGGCCCCACAGCAAGGCAAGCAUUGACUUGCUGUGAAUUUUAUUAUUUGCAUAUUGCUAGACAACCAGCUGAACUCUUCAGCCCCCAAAGAAGAGAGUUUGCCUGCAAUCGUUUUCCCUUCUUCUGAAUCCUAAAGAAAAUUAAUUCUCUGAUCUAUACUGAGCAGGUGGAAAAUCAAAUCAAUUUAAGUCAUUAACAAACUUGAAUAGCAGUCUUUAAGACUCGAAACUUCACUAUAGCAGAGGUUGAAUUGAAGUUAAAGAGUGUCAUUUUAGUCAUUGCAGAAACUAGCAUUUUGCUGUACUUAACAUGACUUUUGAGAAAAAUAUAUAGCCUGGUAAAGUCAGCUAUGCAAUACAGAUGGACUAUAUCUAUGAAGAGCUGAGCUGCAAUAUUUGAAGAGCCUAUUAAGAUGUAUGAAAUGUUUGUUUUUCAUGAGUGAACACUACCUGUUUCUUGGAAUUUCUAUGCAUAGAGAAAAAAUAUAGUUAUGAACACCCAUAAGUAGACAGCUUGGCAUUCAAGGGUAGACAAGUUGACAUCACUAAACCCAGUUGAUUUGAAGGUAAUCAUUUCAUCAAAGAUGUAUAGUAUAAAAUACAGAACUAGUUUUAUAAUAAUGAGCCUUGGAUUAAAAAAAAAGAUUGUAAAAUCUGUAUUGUCAUUCUCUGAAUUAAGAACUGAUUGUUUUUAUCUUGUAACUUCACUGAUGCAUUUAUCAACUCAUUAGAGUGGACCUCACCAUACACAGUGGCAAUGUAGAUCUUAACUAAUUUGUGAUUUCAGUUCAGUAGGCAUGAUGAAGACUGCCUCAAGAGCAGCUCGACCCCAGAGCCUGCACAUCCCCUGCUGCUCUUAAGUGAAGCCACCAAAUAUAUUGAUCCUCUCCAACUCUGUUGAGUGGGGCUAGACUCGGCAUCUAUCUAGCCAACAAGGGGAGCCAGAGAAAUAUAAAUAUACCAAAGUUGAUCAGCCUCCAAGUCAAGUUAUAUUAAUCAACUUACAGAUAUUCCUGUUGUAACUUUGUCAGCUAUGAUGUCAACUCAAUUCAGGAAUUUAUCAUUGGCCGUGCUUGUGUUGGGUUGGGGAGAGGAUUUUAAGAUCUUCCAACACUGUACUACAACAUUUCAAUAAAA